ACAGAAUCGAGUGGUGUCCUUCUGGUUUAGAGACAACAGCGUUCUGCCGGUCAGCUUCCUUAUCUUCACUAUUAGGUCAGGGCAAUGUCCUCAACUUCUUCCUCACCGCUAACCUGGCUCAAUGGUAUGGUCUGCCCUGGAGUCUCUGGAUAGGGGCGCUCGUUUGCUGUACCGGUUUAGUAGCUGGUAUUUGUCUAGCCAUCCUCGACUCGAUCGGAACCAAACAACUAGACGAAGAGGCGCGCAAACAAAUGGAAUCAAAACCAAUAAGACUGACCGACAUAAAGAGCUUCCCUUCGACCUACUGGUAUCUUAUUGUGAUGCUCACAUGUUUCUACAGCUCCGUCAUUCCAUUUGUCUCCAACGCAACAAAAUUUUUCCAAGACCGUUAUGGCUUCUCUAAGACUGACGCGUCUUACAUCAAUGGCGCCGUGUACGACGUGUCGUUGCUAGCUCCUAUCCUGGGGAAGAUACUGGAGAAGCUGAACUGCCAUGGAAUUGUGGGAAUGGUAGCGUGCUUGCUGACCACCCCAGUGUACCUGACGCUCGCCUACCUAUCCAAGGUGCCGCCACUAGCCAUGUCCAUCUGUAUAGGGGUCACUUUCAACUGUAAUGCGAUAAUCCUGUGGCAGGUGAUGAUGUCGAUGGUACCCCCGACAUCGUACGGGACAGCGGCCGGUCUGGCGUCCAGUAGUAUGGGGAUAGGCAUGGGACUGUCUGCUCUUACUGUGGGAACCAUCCUUGGAAACGAGGAGGAGUUAAUAAUCCUGUGGCAGGUGAUGAUGUCGAUGGUACCCCCGACAUCGUACGGGACAGCGGCCGGUCUGGCGUCCAGUAGUAUGGGGAUAGGCAUGGGACUGUCUGCUCUUACUGUGGGAACCAUCCUUGGAAACGAGGAGGAAACGGACGUAGAUGUCCGGCUACAGAAGUAUCGGUAUAUGUUGCUGUUGUUCGCCUGUCUGAGUGCGGUGUCGUUCCUAAGUGCUGUAUUCAUGAACGUAUCCGACAUACGAUCGGAGUGCAAUAUAAACAGACGAUUACGUAAGAGUAAAUCAUCCUCAGAUAAAGCUGGAUCUGAAACUGACCCCCUGAUAUCAGAUAAUAACUCCGUCAAUAGAUAGUCGUGUGUGUGCUGGUGUGGACUGAAGUUACGUGUAUAUGUGCCAAAUAUAUUACAUAUAUGUGUACGUGUGUAGACCGUUAUAGAGCUUUAUGUGUGCAUCUCGGCGAACGGGUAUGUUUUUUUUUCAUUAUUUCAUGUAAUAUACUACAGUAAAAAUAGAUUACGAGUUCGCUUUUAGGGAAAAGUGUAUCCAUUGUUAGCGCUAGCUGUUUACCUGACCUAACUAUUCGUGCGUGAAAACAUCAUACCAAGGUAUUAUACCAAUCGUUGAGAAUUUUGGCUUAAAUAAUUUUAUAUCAAAUACAGAAUGUAGUGCAUAAUUGUGUAAAACAGUUUGUAGAUGUGAUUUGUGUAAAAUAUCAUAAUUAUUC